GGACUCCGAGAAGCGUCAUCCUUACUAGCCCUGAAUAACCCCUAGUGACGACAAUUUAUUAGGUGUUUUAUUACUGUCUUAUUUCCUCCCAAGAUCCUGUGUUUGAACCAGUAAGGAAGUGGAGCAGGUUUUUUCUUUAUCGAAGAUCAAUUACAAGACUGACUUAGCAGAAUGGAAGAGGAUGAGAAGCGUGUGAGUUUUAUCACUUGUGCGGCCUGGGUACCAAAGGGAGUUGCAGCAGCAAACCCAGAGAAGGUUGAAAUUUCAAAAGAGGAUUUGGGACGGAUAAUUCAAGAAACAAAGGGCAAAGUAGAAGAUCUGGAAGAACUUGACAAUGAAGAAGACGAAGAAAUAGAAGAGGAUGCUGUAGUUAAUGGAAAGGAAAAUAAAGAGGAUUUGUGUAUAGCACUUACCUCAGAAGGACAAAAAAAGGCUUCAGAAAGCAAGAAGCUGCUAGAGGAAGAUGAAGCGGUAGACUUUGAAACUCGUUACAGCAUUAGUAAUUAUGAUAAUGAAAAGGAUGAUAAGGUGAACCAGUUGCUUCAAAUUGGUAUGCUGACUAUACAUGCCAGUAAUGAUGAUGAUCCCUAUGUCACAAUUAAGGACCAUGAGGAUCAUGACAGUGAAGAUGAGAACCAUGUGAUCUUUCCCACUGAUAACCUCAUUGCUGUGGGGCAUAUCGAAGGAGAUGCUGCCAUUUUGGAGGUUUAUGUAUAUAAUGGAGAGGAGAGCAGCUUUUAUGUCCAUCAUGACAUUUUACUUCCUGCUGCUCCACUAUGCAUGGAAUGGCUCAACUAUGACCCAGGAGAUGAACAGCUCAAACCUGCCAACAUGGUAGCUAUUGGCAGCAUGUCACCAGAAAUUCAAGUCUGGGACCUGGAUUUGAUAGAUUGCCUGGAACCUGCUUAUACUCUUGGCAAGAGAGGCAAGAAGAAAAAGAAAAUUCCUGGCAUUGGACAUAAACAGCCAGUUCUAAGCCUGGCAUGGAAUAAACAUGCUGAGAAAGCAAAAAUGUUUGACUGCCGAGACAACAGCACUUUUAAAACUUGGGAACUUGAUGGAGAAAUUGAAUGUGUUAUAUGGGAGACACACACUGAUAAACCUUACAACUGUUUGGCUAGCACUGAUAAAGGAACAGUUUUUGGUAUUGAUGGUCGUCAAAACAAGCCAUUAUGGACCUUGAAUGCACACAGUAAAGCAUGCACAGGUAUACAAAUGAGUCCUCAGUGUCCUGGAUGUUUGGUUAGUGCAUCAUCUGAUGGGAGUAUCAAAAUAUGGGAUAUUGCCAGUGGAAAACCAAGUUUCAUUGAAGAGAGCAACCCCAGUCUUGGUACAAUCCAGUGCCUUGCAUCAUGCCCUGAUGCUCCUUUUGUGUUUUGCUUUGGAGGAGACAAUAAACAAAAUAAUUUCAAGGUCUGGGAUCUUCGAGAAUCAAGUAAUGCACGUUCGAGAUUCUGCCCUCGUAUUAGAUUGCCUGUGGAUGAUGAAGAAAUGGACCUUGCUACACCAGACACAGCCCUCCAGAAUUUGCAAAGUACUGAUGAAGGUUUGGCAGCAGCUACUGGACCUUCUUGCACCGUAGCUCCCAACCAGAGCAGUGGAAAAAAAACUAAGUCUAAAUUUAAAAAGAAAAAAGGUGGUCAUUUAGAAAGACGGAGAAAAACAUAAUCUCAAAUGAGAAAAAUAUGAUGUUAAAUAAUUGCCUCAUAACUACACAGUGAAACUGAUACAAAAAAUGGUAUUGUAAAGUAACUACAUAAUGUUUGUUUUUUUAUUAAAGUGACAGUAAACUGAGUUGUACUUUGUUCUGUUGGAGUUUAAUUUAAUAAAAAUUUUAGGAAAUGUAACAUUACUAAAUAGUAUUAAAAAUUAUUUGGAUUUGUGAAUUUGAUAAUAAAUUAUAUUAUCAGUA